AUGAUGGUCAACACGCAGUAGUUCGUUGAGUAAACGGCAACACCACAGAAGAAGAACUACCUGGACAACCAAUGAGCGAUGCGUUUACUGAGUAGCAACGAAUCGACGUCGAAGUUGUUGCAGAGCCAAAAAGCUCAGAGGCUGAAUUCUGGACUCGAGCGGUGAAAUCUAGGCCUUCCGAUUGGAUUGGCCGUUUUCACAGGGGCAAUGGACAGUAUCGUGAUCCUGGACGAUGAGGAGGAUGACCCUCAGCCCUGCUCCUCCACUUCCUCUUCCAGUAAGCCGACCGCGAAGGAAACCCAGGAGGCCUCGAUGCCCGCCCCUACGCACAUCACCCAAUCGCCUUUCGCCUCCAACAAGAAGGAGUCUCACAUCCUGCUCCUGGAAAACCAGAGGCUUUUUGCGGAGUUUUUGGAGCACUGUGCCGGACACACGCAGGACUGCCCCGAGGUCAUGACCUUCCUGCGGGCCAAGCACGCGAAGGCGUCGCCGGAGUUCCUGAGCUCGGUGGAGUUCCGGAACACGCUGGGCCGCUGCCUGACGCGCGCCCAGGCCAGCCGCGCCAAGACCUUCGUCUUCAUCAACGAGCUGUGCACCGUGCUGAAGCAGCACUCCGCGAGGAGGAGGCAGGCCACGGUGCCGCUGCCUGUCCAGGAGCGGCCGCCGUCCUCACCGCUACCGCCGUCGCCCGGCAACCAGGCAGCUCAGGGCCCUGCGGACGCCGAAGCCGACCAGGAGCCCCCUUCCACCUCCGGGCAGGGGGAGGAGAAGAAGGUCGCCAAGGCCUCCAGGAGACAGAUUGCGUACCUGGAGAACCUGUUGAAGGUGUAUUAUGAGGAGAUCCACAGGCUGCAGGAGAAAGACCUCAGUCUGGAGGACAUGAUGCAGGAAGACUCCGGAUACAUCCAGGAGCACAAACUGAAACGCAAGAUGAUGAAGAUCUACGAUAAGCUGUGUGAGCUGAAGGGGUGCAGCACGCUGACGGGGAGAGUGAUCGAGCAGAGGGUGUCCUACAGCGGGACGCGCUACCCCGAGAUCAACCGGAAGGUGGAGCGUUUCAUAAACGGCCCCGAGGCCCGGAUGAACCCGCCGGACUACUCGGACAUCCUGGCGGUGGUGCAGCGCGCCAACGAGCGCUACGCCCUGGCGCUGUCCCGCAAGCAGCUGGCCCAGAUCGCCCAGGACGCCUUCCGCGAGACCGGCAACCAGCUGCAGGAGCGCCGCCACCUGGACAUGGUGUACAACUUCGGCUCGCACCUCACCGACUGCUACAGGCCAGCCAGCGACCCUGCCCUCACUGACCCCGCCUUGGCCCGCAAGCUGCGCUCCAAUAGGGAGCUGGCCCUGACCAGCCUGGAUCAGGUCAUCAACAAGUACGCCAUGAAGCAGGACGACACAGAGGAGGAGGAAAGGAAGAAGAGGUUGGAGAGGGAGAAAACCAAGAAAGAGGCGCUCGCUGCUCAGAAGGACGAAGAGAUGAAAAAUCAGCAGGAGGAGGAGAAGGAGGUGGCAGAGAAGGAGGUGGAGGAGGAGGAGGAAGAGGAGGGUGGUGACAGUGAGGAUGAGGAGGAGGGAGAUGAAGAGGAUGAGGUCUCCUCAGACCCAGACAUUGAGGAGGAGCUACAGGCCAGCCAAUCACAAGCAGGAGCAGAUGAUGAAGAGGAUGAGGAAGAGGAGGCUAACGCGAGCGAGGAGGAAGACCUCGAGUCGGCCCUGUCCCCCAGCUCGGACCAGGAGGCUCCUAUAGGGGUGGAGGAGAACGGGGACGAGGGCAGCCAAUCGGCGAGCAGCAGCCGAGGAGAGGCCGCCGCAGACAAGAAGGGAGGCCCCACCCUCUCGUCCAGCCCCAGCCAAUCAGGAGCCCCGACAUCUCCAGAUGCCGGCCUCGCGGCGGGUGAACCUGUUUCCCCCAAUCACACCCCAGCCGUUCUGCGAAACGCCAACGAGGAUGCGCGUUCGGCGACGGAGUCGCCAGCACUUGAUUCGUCCGAUCGAGCCUGCUCGCCCCCCGCCUCCGAGCCCCAGGAAUCCAUUGGCAGUCCAGCCCCGCCCAGCCCUGUGGUGACGGAAGUCACGCCCGACUCUAAGAAAAGGAGGAGGACGAGUGAAGCCAGCGCAGUGGCCACGGUCAACGGCCGUCACAAACACAGCGAUGGUGACAGUGACAUAACGCUGGAUAUGGGCGUGGUCACCAGCAGCCCCCUGCAGGCUGACUCCACCCAAGCUGACUCCCCAACCCAGGAGCCCGUCAGCAGCUCCGAGUGCACCCCGCCCCCAAAGAAGAAGAAGGUCAACGUGUCAACCCAGUGUGACCCCGACGAAGUGAUCAUCCUCUCGGACUCAGACUGACCUCUGACCCCAGGAAUUGAACACUUGCUCCUCAAACACUGGUGCUCCCCCUUCCUUCCCCAGUCUUCUCCGAUUCGCUGUCCGCAGGGACCGACCGCCGUGUGGGCGGGUCCGAUACGUUGAAGCUGAAGGGGGCGGGGCCGCGACCGUGGAAACGCGGAACAUCUGAGGCCUCGACGCUGGGGGCCAGGAGAACUCUCUCGUCGUACAGUUCUGUUGUACAUUUUAGCUCGAUUUACGUCACUUUGUGAUAUAGCUUUCUUACUUGUAUUUUAUGUUCCUCUUUUAAAAUGUCUUUUUUGUA